AUAACAUUUAUUGGACAAAAUGGCGACCACGACUACGGGCGAUUCCUUUAAGGAAAAUAAUCCAGAUUUAACACGCGAAAGGAGCCAUGCAUCAUUCAGCAUCAAUGAAAUAACAGAGAUCUUAGAUGGAGGUGUAGAUAAAACAAAAUUUAGGAAAGAAAUGGAAAAAAUGUUAUUUGAUGAUCCUUUGUUUAAGGAUUUUUACAAAAACUUCUUUAAAACCCGGUCAGAAUUAUAUGAGGAAUCAGUUGCUAGAGGUGUAAAAUUGUUUAGUCUAAGACAGAAGUAUAAGUGGACAGAUGAACAAUUUGAGGUCAUAGAGGAUCUUGUUAACCAUUUGUUUGGCAUGAGUUUACAUUUUACGAUGUUCAUACCGACAUUAGAAAGGCUAGCGACAGAGACACAAAAGGCAAAAUGGCUACCACUUGCCACAAAUUUUAAAAUUCUUGGCACUUAUGCACAGACAGAAAUGGGACAUGGUACAUAUCUUCAAGGUUUAGAGACUACAGCAACAUAUGAUUCUGUGACUGAGGAAUUUAUACUUAAUACACCACACAAAUCUUCCAUGAAAUGGUGGCCAGGGUCACUGGGAAAAUCAUCAACUCAUGCAGUAGUGCAAGCUGUAUUGAUCAUUAAUGGAAAGAAGUAUGGAAUGCAUCCAUUUAUGUUACAACUAAGAAGUUUAGAUAAUCACAUGCCUCUACCAGGUAUAGAAGUUGGGGAUAUAGGACCUAAAAUGACUCUUGACUAUAAUGACAAUGGCUUUCUUCUGUUGAAAAAUGUUAGGAUUCCAAGACAACACAUGCUGAUGAAACAUGCUCAGGUAUCAAGGGAUGGAAAAUAUACCAGUUCAGGACCAAAUAAAGCCAUCUAUGCUCCAAUGGUAUUGGUCAGAGUUAAAAUGACAAAGUGGGUUCACGAUGCUUUAAGGCAAGCUAUAACCACUGCCAUUAGAUACAGUGCUGUAAGACACCAGUCAAAAAUGUCGGAUAGUGGACCAGAGCCACAGAUCCUGGACUACCAAACACAACAGUAUAAAUUAUUUCCAGUAUUGGCUGAUACAUAUGCUUUGUUCUUUAUGUCAAGAAAUUUACGAAGACAAUAUGACAGAAUGAUGGAGGAAAUAAGGAACAAAGGAAGUUAUAAAAUGUUGGCAGAGAUUCAUAGUAUUUCCUGUGGUUUGAAGGGAUUAUCAUCUAAGCUUGGUAUAGAUGGCGCUAGUAUAUGCCGUACAGCUUGUGGAGGGCAUGGUUACCUCAAAGUGGCAGGAAUAUCAGAAGUCUUAGGUUUACUUCAUUCUGUUGUCACUGCUGAAGGAGAGUACACAGUAGUAUGUUUACAAACAGCAAGAUAUUUGAUGAAACAAAUAGCUAAAGUUUCUGUAGAAGAGGUAGUGACAGGAAGUUCAGAGUACCUAAAUGUUGACCCACAGUCCUAUAGUUGUCCACUACAGACACCUGCAGACUGCCUUAAUCUAACAUUCCUAUGUGAUAUCUUCAGGAAUAGGGCUAAUUGUCUGCACAUUACACAUGCAAGUGAAAUUAUGUUGAAGUCCGAUUCUUUAUCGUGGGGUGAUGAUUUAGAUGACUUUGAACUAGAAUAUCUUCUUGGUGAUUAUACUGACAGUGAAACUAUUGCUGACUCUGCAUGCAAGAAGCCAAAAAAUGACAUUCAGUGUUCAGGAUAUAUGUGUCCUGAUUGCAAUAAAGUGUUAAAAACAAUCUCUGGUUUUCCUGGUCAUACAUCAAAACAACAUGGAAGAGCAAUUUAAAAGCUUUUCAACAAAAAAUCCAAGAUGGUAAGGUCCUUCAAGACCAAGUUACUACUACCAAUACCAGUCAUCAAUAUACAAUGACAACAGUAACACUGGACUCGAUAUUCCUCUCUGCAUACAACAAUACUCUCAAAUGUAUUGAAGAGGACCCCAUGUACAGUAUUUUUGGUGAGUCCACAACAGUUAAAAUUGCAAAAAGUAUUUCUAAUAGCGGUGAGGUAAAGACAUUUUUCUAUGACCUGUUCAGUGAGAUCUUCAACUCAAAUCCAAACUUAAGUUUAAAUCAUGACAGGGAGUUAUUCUUUACAAAGUUUCAUGCUAUAAGACUAAGUUCUUCAAAAAAUGGUUUUACUCCUCUGGAUAAUAAAAAUUUCAUUCAAAUUGUUAUGUUGGAAUUAAUAAACCAGUUGCUUACUCAACAAACAAUCCAAGAACAGAAAUCAUCCAAUAUAAAUCACUCAGAGCUCAGUGAGAAUGACCAGAAUAUGUUGUUUUACAUAUGUGGUUAUAUAAUUCGUGCAUGUGAAAAACGCUAGACCAAGCUUAAAGGUGAUCUGCGGUCAAUGAAGAUUAGCUGCAUUGAGCAACUUAAGUCAACAUCAACCACUCAUUCCUUUGUAAGCAAAUACAACAAAUGGACAGAGAAGAAAGACAGAGGUGGUUUAAUAACACCGUCCGACAACUUUUAUUUGUUAACCAGAGAAUUUGAAACAGUAGUAAGGAAGCAUCUAGGAGACCAAGAACUAAAUGCUAAAUCCGUGUUACGUGAUAAAUUGAAAGAACUUAGUAUGAAGUCAUUCAUGGUCAAAUAUUACUCUGAGCAGGUUUUUGUGGGUAAUGACUAUGACAACUACAUUUUAAUCUUGGUAGGACAUCAUUCACCUAUUUCUGACAAUCCGUUGUUUUCUACUGCCAAAGUGAUAAGAAACAAAGUGAUAAAAGACAAAGUCGCAUCAAAGAAGUCGUUGAGCCUCAAACAAGUUUUGAAAGAAAAACAUGACAAUUAACUGUAUCAUUUAAGGGUAUGUAUGUGAAAUGUUAAGAACAUCAGUUACAUUUAUAGCCAUGCUCACUCUUAUUUAUUCUCUUUUCAUUUUUAUAUGUUCCUAUUAACUUUGUUGUCAUUAUCAUAAAUUUGCAAUGUGCAUGUACAAUGUAUAUAAUUAUGAUUUAUGUUGACAUCACAAAUAAAAAAAAAAUGCAAUUUUA